UUGCGUGGUGACGUCGUCCUUUCCUCCUUUCCUCUGCUACCGGCGAGAAUGAAGACCAUUCUCAGCAGCCAAACUGUCGACCUCCCCGACAAUGUCGAGGUGAGGCUGAAGGGCCGAACUGUGACUGUCAAAGGCCCCCGUGGCAAGCUCACCAGGGAGUUCAACCACAUCAACCUGGAGCUCAGCCUGCUGGGCAAGAAACAGAAGAAGCUUCGUGUGGAUAAAUGGUGGGGAAACAGGAAGGAGUUGGCCACAGUCCGCACCAUCUGCAGCCACGUCCAGAACAUGAUCAAGGGAGUCACUUUGGGUUUCCGGUACAAAAUGCGUUCAGUGUACGCCCAUUUCCCCAUCAACGUGGUCAUCCAGGAGAGCGGCACCCUGGUCGAGAUAAGGAACUUCUUAGGAGAGAAGUACAUUCGCCGUGUCCGAAUGAGGGGUGGUGUGCUGUGUUCAGUCUCAGCCGCACAGAAGGACGAGCUGGUCCUGGAGGGUAACGACAUUGAGCUGGUGUCCAACUCUGCUGCUCUGAUCCAGCAGGCCACAACUGUCAAAAAUAAGGAUAUCAGGAAGUUCUUGGACGGCAUUUACGUGUCUGAGAAGGGAACAGUCUUGGAACCGGAACAGUAAAAGUUACACCUACACUCUCGGAGCAGCCCUGUUCCAGCAGACCACCACAGUCGGAAAGAAGGACAUCAGGAAGUUCCUGCACAGCACAGUGCUAAUGACAAGCUAAUAAGACCAAUAAACUAAUGUGUUUUCCAGUUAA